AUGCCUCGCACCCGAUCGAAGAAGCGCGCUCCUGCGUCCUCUUCAUCCGGCGGUGCGUCGGGCAGCCUCUGCGAACGGUCGCCGGCUGCGCUACGGCUGAUCUCCGAGUGCCUCGACAGCGACGACCUGCUGCUUCACGUGCUCGGCCUCCUGCCGCUGGCGGGCCUCGGCCGUGCGGCGUGCGUCUCGUCCCGCUGGGCGAGGCUCGCUGCGAGCAACUCGCUCUGGGCGUCUCUUGCGGAGCGAGUGUGGGAGGGCCGGCACGUCUCCGAGGCUUGCCGCGCGCAGCGGCGGCAGCACGGCAGGAGCGCACUCCGCCGCUCGCUCGCCGAGUCGGAGGCGCGGCACAUUGACCCGUCGCUGCUGUGCGAGCUGACGUGGCACUUUCGCUUCAAGCGCGCCGCUGGGGAGCACUGGACAGGGAGCGACCCGUACUGGCAGGGCGCCCGCGCGCGCACGCUCCGCUUUGAGCCCGACGGCGCCGCGCCCGCUCAGAGGGGAGGGAGACGCGGGAGACACGCCCACGACAUGUCCGCGGCAUGCCCUGCAGGCGCUGUCCGCUGGGAGGAGGAGGCGUGGGACGGGCUGAUGCGGUGGCGGCUGGAGGGCGGCUCGCUGCUGCGGGUGUCACACGCUCAGCUUGGCGCCUUCCCCGCCGAGCGGCUGGUGCGGCAUCCGCCGAGCUGGGG